AUGGAUAUCUCUAAGCCGGUAGGUUCUGAGAUUACCUCCGUUGAUUUUGGGAUCUUAACUUCUGAUGAAAUUAGACAAUUAUCAGCAAAGCAAAUUACCAACCCAACAGUCCUUGACAAUCUGGGCCAUCCUAUUACAGGAGGUUUAUACGAUUUAUCCCUAGGUGCGUUCUUAAGAAAUUUAUGUUCUACAUGUGGGUUGGAUGAAAAAUUCUGUCCGGGACAUCAAGGUCAUAUUGAACUACCAGUCCCAUGUUACAAUCCACUAUUUUUCAAUCAAUUAUAUAUUUAUUUGAGAACUUCUUGUUUGUUUUGCCAUCAUUUCAGAUUGAGAAGUAUUGAAGUUCAUCGUUUUGCUAGUAAAUUGAGAUUGUUGCAAUUCGGUUUGAUUGAUGAGGCAUACCAAGUGGAUCAAAUUACCAUUAACGAUUUGGAAGAUUUCUUGGAGUCCGCUGAAAUGGAAGGUGAUGAAGCUCUCGAGGACAAUUCUCUUCCUAUAGAAUCCAAAUCUAAAUCAUCAGGGAAAAGUGCAAAGGAAAUUUCAACCAAUUUAUUGAAAGAAUUAUUACAAAAGCGUGAAGAAUUUGUGGAUAUGGCAAUUGCUAAGGCUAUGUCUGAAGGUAGAACUACUGAACACGGUAUAUUUACAGCUACGGUCAAUGAUGAAAGAAAGGCUUUGCUACAUGAAUUCCAUAAGAAGCUAUUACUAAGAACUAAGUGUGACAAUUGUGGAAUGUUCUCUCCUAAAUUUAGAAAGGAUGGAUUUACCAAGAUUUUCGAAACUGCUUUAACUGAAAAACAAUUAACCAACAACAGAGUGAAAGGUUUUAUUCGUCAAGAUAUGAUUAAGAAACAAAAACAAUCAAAGGCGUUAAACGGUGGUGAAAAAUCUGCUAUUGAAGAAGAAGAAGAAGAAUUUGACUUGGGGAGAAAUCCAGCUGCCAGACCAAAGACAGGUUCUACUUAUAUCCUAUCAACUGAAGUGAGAAACAUCUUAAGAGCCGUAUUUAAUAAGGAACAAAAUGUAUUGAAAUAUGUCUUCCAUUCCAAACCAAAUAUGUCAAAUAAGGCUGUCUCUGCUGAUAUGUUCUUCAUGGACGUCGUCGUAGUUCCUGCUACCCGAUUCCGUUUGCCUUCUAAAUUGGGAGACGAAGUCCAUGAAAAUAGUCAAAAUCAACUGCUAUCCAAAAUUCUUACAACAUCUCUUCUUAUCAGAGAUUUGAAUGAUGAAAUGUCUAAACUGCAAAAAGAUAAAGUAUCGGCAGAUGAUAGAAGAAUUAUUUUCAGCAGAUUGAUGAAUGCAUUUGUUACCAUUCAAAAUGAUGUAAACGCUUUUAUCGAUUCCACGAAAGCUCAAGGUACUGCUGGUGGUAAACUUCCAAUUCCAGGUGUGAAGCAAGCUUUGGAAAAGAAGGAAGGUUUGUUUAGAAAGCAUAUGAUGGGUAAGCGUGUGAAUUAUGCAGCACGUUCCGUUAUUUCCCCAGAUCCAAAUAUUGAGACCAACGAAAUUGGUGUUCCACCAGUAUUUGCUACUAAACUAACAUAUCCAGAACCAGUUACAUCUUACAACAUCGCUGAAUUACGUCAAGCGGUGAUUAAUGGUCCAGACAAAUGGCCAGGUGCUACCCAAAUCCAAAACGAAGAUGGUUCCUUGGUUUCCUUGAUUGGUAUGUCUACUGAACAACGUAAGGCUUUAGCAAAUCAGUUAAUGACACCAUCUUCUAACAUCACAACUCAUACUUUAAAUAAAAAGGUUUACCGUCACAUUAAAAAUAGAGAUAUUGUCAUUAUGAAUCGUCAACCAACAUUGCAUAAGGCUUCCAUGAUGGGUCAUAAAGUUAGAGUGCUACCUGGCGAGAAGACUUUACGUCUGCAUUAUGCUAACACCGGUGCUUACAAUGCCGAUUUUGAUGGUGACGAAAUGAACAUGCAUUUCCCACAAAAUGAAAACGCAAGAGCUGAAGCUUCUAAUUUGGCUAAUACUGAUUCUCAAUAUUUAACACCAACAUCAGGUUCCCCAGUGAGAGGUCUAAUCCAAGAUCAUAUUUCUGCGGGUGUUUGGCUAACAAGUAAGGACAGUUUCUUCACAAGAGAACAAUACCAACAAUACAUUUAUGGUUGUAUUCGUCCAGAAGAUGGACAUGCUACUAGAUCAAAAUUGAUUACUAUGCCACCAACGAUUCAUAAACCCGUUCCACUGUGGACAGGUAAACAAAUUAUCAGUACGGUAUUAUUAAACAUCACACCAGCAAAUAUGCCAGGUAUUAACUUGAAGUCUUCUAACAAAAUCAAGAAUGAAUAUUGGGGUACCGGUUCUCAAGAGAAUGAAGUCCUUUUCAAGAACGGUGAAUUAUUAUGUGGUAUCUUGGAUAAAUCCCAAUAUGGUGCUUCUAAGUUCGGUAUUGUCCAUUCUUUACAUGAAGUGUAUGGUCCAUCUGUGGCUGCUAAGGUUCUUUCUGUCUUAGGUAGAUUGUUUACUAAUUAUAUCAUGUCCACUGCAUUUACUUGUGGUAUGGAUGAUUUGCGUUUGACUGAAGAAGGUAACAAGUGGAGAUCUGAUAUCUUAAAAACAUCAGUUGACACUGGUCGUGAGGCUGCCGCCGAAGUUACGAAUUUAGAUAAGGACACACCAGCUAAUGACCCUGAGUUGCUAAAACGUCUACAAGAAAUUUUACGUGAUAACAAUAAAUCGGGUAUUCUGGAUGCUGUGACUUCGUCUAAGGUUAAUUCCAUUACUUCCAAGGUUGUUUCGAAAUGUGUGCCUGAUGGUACCAUGAAGAAGUUCCCUUACAACUCGAUGCAAGCUAUGGCUCUGUCUGGUGCCAAGGGUUCUAAUGUUAAUGUUUCUCAAAUUAUGUGUUUGUUAGGUCAACAAGCCUUAGAAGGUAGAAGAGUACCUGUUAUGGUUAGUGGUAAAACAUUACCUUCUUUCAAACCAUAUGAAACAGACGCAAUGGCUGGUGGUUAUGUUAAAGGUCGUUUCUAUUCAGGUAUUAAACCUCAAGAAUAUUAUUUCCAUUGUAUGGCUGGUCGUGAAGGUUUAAUUGAUACUGCCGUGAAGACGUCAAGAUCUGGUUACUUACAACGUUGUUUGACCAAACAAUUGGAAGGUAUUCAUAUUUCUUAUGACAAUAGUGUAAGAGAUACUGACGGAACGUUGAUUCAAUUCCUAUAUGGUGGUGAUGCUGUUGAUGUUACUAAGGAAUCUCAUAUGACCGAGUUCGAUUUCUGUUUGGAUAAUUAUGACGCCUUGUUGAAUAAGUACAACCCAUCUGCAUUAAUAGAACAUCUUGAUGUUGAGAGUGCCUUGAAAUACUCUAAGAAGUCUUUAAAGAACAGAAAGAAACAUAUUAAAGAGCCACAUUAUAAACAAAAUAUCAAGUACGAUCCUGUGUUAUCUAAAUUCAAUCCUGCCAAGUAUUUGGGGUCUGUCUCCGAAAAGUUUCAAGAUAAAUUAGAAGGUUAUUUGGAUAAGAACUCCAAAUUAUUCAAAUCGCAUGAUAGUGUAAACGAAAAGAAGUUCAGAGCUUUGAUGCAAUUGAAAUAUAUGCGUUCCUUAAUCAAUCCUGGUGAAGCUGUGGGUAUUAUUGCAUCUCAAUCUGUUGGUGAACCUUCUACGCAAAUGACAUUAAACACUUUCCAUUUUGCUGGUCACGGUGCCGCCAAUGUGACUUUAGGUAUUCCUCGUAUGAGAGAAAUUAUCAUGACAGCAUCUGCUGCCAUUAAGACUCCACAAAUGACCUUACCAAUUUGGAAUGAUGUUUCGGAUGAACAAGCGGACACCUUCUGCAAAUCUAUUUCUAAGGUAGUUCUAUCUGAAGUGAUAGAUAAGGUUACUGUCACCGAGACUACUGGUUCUUCCAUGCAUAAUGUGGCUGCUCGUUCUUAUGUUAUCAACAUGAAGUUCUUUGAUGAAGAGGAAUAUCGUGCAGAAUAUGACGUUUCCAAGCAAGAAUUACAAACUGUUGUAGCAACUAAAUUCUUAUACGAACUUGAAACUGCUAUAACUAAGGAAGUCAAGAAACAAAAGAGAACCGCUGUGUCCGAUGUUGGUAUUGCUGUUCCAAAGUCCCAGACUGCUAUAAGCGUCACUGAUGGAAGUAGUAAGAAAAUGGCUGAAGAUGGUGAUGAGGAAGAAUAUCAAAAGAAAACGAAACAAGCCGUUUCCUAUGAGGACCCUGAUGAUGAUGAAAUAGAAACCAUGAGGGAAGCUGAAAAAUCCGAUGAAGAAAUUGUCGAUUCCGAUAAGGAUUCAGAAGUUGAAUCUGAACAAGAGGAUGACUCUGACGUCGAAAUGGAUGCUAAGUUGGAAGAAACCAUUGCUGAAGCCAAUAUGAACAUGACUAAAACUCAACGUGAUCGUCAAUCUGCAUUGAUCACUAACCAUAAAUUUGUGACCAAGUACAAUUUCGACGAUGAAAAUGGUAAGUGGUGUGAAUUUAGACUGGAAUUAGCUGCUGACACUGAGAAAUUAUUGAUGGUCAAUAUCAUAGAAGAUAUCUGUAGGAAGUCUAUUAUCAGAGAAGUUCCACACAUUGACCGUUGUAUCCAUCCAGAACCAGAAAAUGGAAAACGUGUUUUAGUUACUGAAGGUGUCAACUUUGAAGCUAUGUGGGAUCAAGAGGCAUUCAUCGAUGUGGAUGGUAUUACCUCUAAUGAUGUUGCAUCUGUCUUAAAAACAUAUGGUGUUGAAGCUGCUAGAAAUACUAUUGUGAAUGAAAUAAAUAAUGUUUUCUCACGUUAUGCUAUUUCUGUGUCGUUCCGUCAUUUAGACUUGAUCGCUGAUAUGAUGACAAGACAAGGUACAUACCUGGCUUUUAACAGACAAGGUAUGGAAUCUUCUACCUCAUCAUUAAUGAAGAUGUCAUAUGAAACUACUUUACAAUUUUUGACAAAGGCAGUUCUAGAUAAUGAGCGUGAAGAGUUAGAAAGUCCAUCUGCAAGAAUUGUUAUGGGUAAACUAAAUAAUGUUGGUACAGGUUCUUUCGACAUUCUUGCGAAAGUCCCUAAUUCAACUAUGGCAUGA